UAAACAGGAACUUCUCACCAUCUCCAAUGUUCCCGUCACAGACUGCCCCCCCUCUCCCCCCCGCACCGCACCCCCCACCAUGAAGUCGGCUCAUUUCUUUGACAUGAUGGACAAGAUGGAGCAGGUACCAGAAGCUGCCGAGAUGAAGACGAUCCCUCAGAGACAGAAGGACGACUACAUUCCCUAUCCGAGGAUUGAGGAGGUGUUGGAGAGGGGGGGUCCGUACCCUCAGGUCAUCCUUCCUGAGUUUGGAGGUUACUGGAUCGAGGACCCCGAAGCUCCUCCUCCUCCCGCGCCUCCUCCCACCUCCUUGGAGAUCCCACUAGAGGAGGAGGAGGAGGAGGAAGAAGACAGAGCCCCAGGGCAUUAUGGGUACCGGCUGGAGGAGAUCAGUGAGGCUGCGCGGGCGUACAGGAAGCACUUCUUGGGCAGGGUGAGAGAGUCAGAGUCCAGGUCGGAGCCGCUGGAAAUCAGCCGGCAGUCGCUCCGCCCCGCUCUGGUUCUGUGGCUCAUUCGGGCCCCGCUCUGGUUCUGGCUGUGGCUCAUUCGGGCCCGCUCCCAGCAGAGCAUGUUAAAACCUCUCUUCUUGGCUGCCAGCCAGCAAGUCUGGAAACCUGCUGCUGUCUGUGAGCAUGAAGAGGAGAAGGACCAGGAGGUCCGCUCCGAUUGUUAUCAUCAGGUUCCUUACAACACUGCUCCGGUUAAUCCUUUGGUCAGCACUGUUUGUGGGCCCCCGUCGGGUUCGUCGGACCGGUUCGAGGACUCUGGUUUGGUUCUCUUGCCUGCUCCCUGUCAGGUCUCGGAUGAAGAAGCGAUCUACCACAGAUUGGUCACUGAGCGGAGCUGGCCUGAGAACGCCCAGUUGUACCCAGAGCUGCGCCAGAGAAUCAAAGCCGAGAGGGCGAUGCGAGGGCGGAGCGUCUCCAUGGAGACCAUGUCGCGGGGCGGGGCGGGGCUUCCCACCAGUCUGAGCGGGGGGGGUCUGGCACACAUCAGCCCUGAGUACAACGUGAAAUCUCCAGUGAAGAGGAGGUCGGGACUCUUCCCUCGUCUGCUGAGCGUCGACAGCCAAACGGAGAAACACAACCAGAGGAGUCUCCUCAGCGAGCAGAGGAGCUUCGACAGCUGCCACCCGACACUGGAGGUGAGGUCAGAGCUGCCGUCCAAUCCCAGCUCUCCAGAGGCGGGACAACGGGUGGACAGGACUCACGUGAAGAAGGAGAGCAGUAAGAUCUCCAGAUCCACGUCCAGCACCUGCAGCUUCAGCAUCCCUGCAGACGACACUCACCUGCUCGCCCAGGCUGCACUGAUAGAAGGUCAAAGUUCAAGCCCGCUCAUCGUCUGUCGCAGCCCCACAGAGACGAAGAAUAAAAACUCUCCCAGAUCCAACCUUAAGUUUCGCUUUGACAAGUUGAGUCACUCCGCUGCACAGGGUCACUGAACCGAGGACAGCAGUGGGAGAAUAACAACGAGGAGGCUCCCACACACAUCAGGAGGAGGAAGAGGAGGAGGAGGAAGAGGAGGACUUUAAUGUGAAGACACUGCUGAGGAUAAAAAAGGGAAAAACACUUCAACAUUCGUCCUUCACUGCUGCAGAAACCUCAGAGAGAAUCCGACCUGCAGGACUGUGUGCAUGUUAACACACACACACACACACACAGACACAAAAACACACACACACAUACACACACAUAUA